GUCUUCAUGCUAUUUAAUCGAGGAUUAUACCACUCAGCGAAUAUUUACAUCGUUGUAAGCCGUGCGCGCUACUGGUCGUGUGUAUAAGAAUGGAGUUAACUAAGGCAAUUACGGCAGCUUGGACUUUCAUGAUAUUAUCAUCCAUGUGUUGUUCUGCGGUAAACGGGAUGCAGUGCAUAGACGAGAGCAUCUGGCUGGAGGGAAGCUACGACUGCAGCCUCCUGACCGAAGUCAGUCCGCAAGGAUUCCACGUGGAUCCGAACUACUGGUGCAACUUGUACCCGCUGACACGUUGUUGUGCCACGUGUGACCGGCUGAGACAGAAUGGAUUGCUACGGACACCCCAGUUAAUGGGCGACAGGGCAGCGCUUGAGCGACAGCAGGAGAACAACUUGCAUGGACGCAUGAACAGUGGCUAAAAUAGUAUCACGUGAUAAAUACUGAGCGACACCGUCCAAUCACGACCGGACAGAUGACACACGUGAUACAAGUACAGCACUUCAUUGUUCAAAGACAUAUAUGUCAUCAAUUACGCCAACCUGUGUGACAACAAGUACAGUUUUCAGUAAACCUUGCCUAUAUCGGCCACUUACAAUACUUACAAAUUAAAUAAUGAUUUGUGGAAUUUUCGGUAUAAAUUCAGAGAUAUAUUAUAGCAUAAGGAUUACAUGAUCUAAAUAGUUUACCUCAUAACUUUGGUCCCACAAAACCACAGUGAUUCACGUUUUUUUCCCACAGGUCAAUGUUAAAGGAUCUUUCUUAAAUUCAAGUAUGACAGCAAUGUAUACAUAUCACGUGUGUUUACUGUUAAACACAUUUUCGCUCAAAUACAUUCACACAACCUUUAAUCACCAUUCCAUGCACAGAGUAAUAAUAAUGUGUGGGUAUAAAUUAAUGUGCAAAUUUCAUUCUCAAUUAAUUACAACACAAACACAAACAUUUUUGCUAUCUACAUAUAGCAUGUAAAGGUCAAGAUAGAACAAAAUAUAACCAUAAAACUGUCCUGUGAAUUUAUUAAAUGUGAUCGUGCACUGUGCAUUGUAUAAUAAAUACGAGUAGCAUAGUAUGAUUUUAUUAUAACCUAGAUUAAUCCCUGAGGGGCUUUUAGUAUUGUUUUGUAUUUUUGAAUAACUGCUAUAUAUAUCAUGAAAUAAGGGAAUAUUUAUUUUUUCCAUAACUACGUAUGACAAUAAAUAUUUGGUAACCUAGUGAACAACAUACUUGAUCUUUCAAAUCACAUAUUAAAACAACACCAUUGUAUUACAUAUUGGCAUAUGCCGAUGAGUGUUCACAUUUGUAAUGCGUGUUUUAGUAAAAGUGCAUGCCAAUUUCAUGAAUUAUAUAUACGUCACUUAAACUUGAAACAACGUUUUUAAAGCUCAAUUCAAAGUUAUAUAUUAACAUGAUAUUAAUAAUAACACGAAUUUAACCGUUUUCCAGAUGUUGCAUGUUAUGGGUCAAACAACGACUGUGUAUAUAAAAUGUAUCAAUGUAUCGACUAGUUUGAAUGAUUUACGUUAAAUUACAUUAAUAGAUGUAUUCGCAUGUUACCACAAGCAUGUAUGUAUGCAUCGCCUUGUUUUUUUAUUAUAUUGAAAUAAAUAAUAUGUGUAGUGCGUUUUAAAUGUUCUUGUCAUAGUGAUAUUGUUUGGAUUGUUUCAACAUGUCAGUAUUUUACUCAAUCUUAUGUAAACGUUCUAAACGUGCACACCUCAAUUCAUUUAAAGCAAUCUGAUGCUUUUGUACAAGCAAAAAUCUGUAUGCCGACCUCUUUUAUUAUUAGAAUUUAGGGCAAGUAUAUUUCUUUGAGCGUUUAAAAAAGAACGAAAGGAGGAAUUUCAUUUUUAAAUAGGUACUUAAUUCCAAUUAAACAGAAACAUUGAACUCAUUUAGGCGCAAAACAAACAUAGCUGAAUUAUGGCCCGUAUAUACGGCUCGACAGAUCUACAUGCAUGUUGCAGUUUGUUUAUGUUUCCUUAUCUAUAAGAAAUGUAUAUUAAACUAUAUAUGAAGA